AUGGUAAAACUUGCAAACCCACUUUAUACAGAGUGGAUUCUUGAAGCUAUACAGAAAAUAAAAAAGCAGAAGCAAAGGCCCUCGGAAGAGAGAAUCUGCCAUGCAGUCAGUACUUCCCACGGGUUGGAUAAGAAGACGGUCUCGGAGCAGCUGGAGCUCAGCGUUCAGGAUGGCUCGGUUCUCAAAGUCACCAACAAAGGCCUUGCCUCCUACAAGGACCCAGACAACCCCGGGCGCUUCUCCGCGGUCAAACCGGGCACUUUUCCCAAGUCAACCAAGGGGGCUAGAGGAACGUGUAGCGAUCUUCGCAACGUGGAUUGGAACAGACUUCUAAGGAGAGCAAUCGAAGGGCUGGAGGAGCCCAGCGGCUCCUCCCUGAAGAACAUAGAGAAGUAUCUCAGAAAUCAGAGCGAUCUCACCGGCACCACCACCAACCCGGCCUUCCAGCAGCGGCUGCGGCUGGGGGCCAAGCGCGCGGUGAACAACGGGAGGUUGCUGAAAGACGGGCCGCAGUACAGGGUCAAUUAUGGGAGCUCCGACGGCAAAGGGGCUCCCAAGUUCCCCAGCGCCUUCCCAUCCUCGCUCCCACCUGUCAGCCUUCUGCCGCAUGAGAAAGACCAGCCCCGUGCUGAUCCCAUUCCAAUAUGUAGCUUCUGUUUGGGGACUAAAGAAUCAAAUCGUGAAAAGAAACCAGAAGAACUCCUUUCUUGUGCAGACUGUGGCAGUAGUGGACACCCAUCCUGUUUGAAAUUUUGUCCCGAACUAACAACAAAUGUAAAGGCCUUAAGGUGGCAGUGCAUCGAAUGCAAGACGUGCAGUGCGUGUAGAAUCCAAGGCAAAAAUGCAGAUAAUAUGCUUUUUUGUGACUCCUGUGAUAGAGGGUUCCAUAUGGAGUGCUGUGACCCCCCACUUUCCAGAAUGCCAAAAGGGAUGUGGAUUUGCCAAGUCUGCAGACCAAAGAAAAAGGGAAGAAAACUACUUCAUGAGAAAGCUGCACAAAUAAAACGUCGAUAUGCAAAACCCAUUGGACGACCGAAAAAUAAAUUAAAGCAACGAUUGUUGUCUGUAACCAGUGAUGAAGGAUCCAUGAAUGCAUUCACAGGAAGGGGGUCACCUGGUAGGGGUCAAAAGACUAAAGUCUGUACCACACCUUCAUCUGGUCAUGCUGCAUCUGGGAAGGACUCAAGCAGCAGAUUGGCUGUUACAGACCCCACUCGGCCUGGUGCCACCACCAAAAUCACCACCACCUCCACCUACAUUUCUGCCUCUACACUUAAAGUUAACAAGAAAACCAAAGGGCUCAUUGAUGGCCUUACUAAGUUUUUUACACCAUCACCUGAUGGUCGCAGAUCACGAGGUGAAAUAAUAGACUUUUCAAAGCACUAUCGUCCAAGGAAAAAGGUCUCUCAGAAACAGUCAUGCACUUCUCAUGUGUUGGCUACAGGUACCACACAAAAGCUAAAACCUCCACCUUCUUCACUUCCACCCCGAGCCCCCAUCUCUGGUCAGAGCCCCAGUUCACAAAAGUCCAGCACGUCCACCUCUUCUACCUCUCCCCAGAGUUCUUCCAGCCAGUCCAGUGUGCCCUCCCUGAGCAGUCUCACUAGUAACAGCCAGCUGAAGGCACUCUUUGAUGGACUCUCUCAUAUCUAUACCACUCAGGGACAGUCUCGAAAGAAGGGACACCCAAGUUAUGCACCACCCCAGCGCAUGCGUCGUAAAACUGAAUUCUCUUCCGCAGCAAAGUCUAAAGCCCAUUUCUUUGGAAAAAGAGAUAUUAGAAGUAGGUUUAUGGCUCACUCCUCCUCCUCUAGCUGGGGGAUGGCUAGAGGACGUAUUUUUAAAGCAAUUGCUCACUUCAAGCGAUCAACUUUCCUUAAAAAGCACAGGAUGCUAGGCAGGUUAAAAUAUAAAGUGACCCCUCAGAUGGGGACCCCCUCACCAGGGAAGGGGAGCUUGACAGACGGAAGGAUUAAACCUGAUCAGGAUGAUGAUACUGAAAUCAAAAUAAGCAUCAAACAAGAAAGUACAGAUAUAAAUGUGAUUGGAAACAAGGAAACUGUCACCGAAGAGGACUUGGAUGUGUUUAAGCAGGCCCAGGAGCUCUCUUGGGAGAAAAUAGAGUGUGAGAGUGGAGUGGAAGACUGUGGCCGGUACCCUUCUGUAAUAGAAUUUGGGAAAUAUGAAAUCCAGACUUGGUACUCCUCACCUUACCCACAGGAAUAUGCAAGGUUACCAAAGCUUUACCUGUGUGAGUUCUGUCUUAAAUAUAUGAAAAGUAAAAACAUUUUGUUAAGACACUCCAAGAAAUGUGGAUGGUUUCAUCCUCCAGCAAAUGAAAUUUACCGAAGAAGAGACCUUUCAGUAUUCGAGGUUGAUGGGAAUAUGAGCAAAAUUUAUUGCCAAAACCUUUGCUUGUUAGCCAAGCUCUUCCUGGACCACAAAACGUUGUAUUAUGAUGUCGAGCCAUUCCUUUUUUAUGUCCUUACAAAAAAUGAUGAAAAGGGCUGUCAUCUGGUUGGAUACUUCUCUAAGGAGAAGCUUUGCCAGCAGAAGUAUAAUGUCUCCUGCAUAAUGAUCAUGCCCCAGCACCAGAGGCAAGGAUUUGGACGGUUUCUCAUCGAUUUCAGCUAUUUGCUUUCUAGAAGAGAAGGCCAAGCAGGGUCUCCGGAGAAGCCGCUCUCUGACCUGGGCCGGCUCUCCUACCUGGCCUACUGGAAGAGCGUCAUCUUAGAGUAUCUCUUCCACCACCACGAGAGGCACAUCAGCAUCAAGGCGAUCAGCAGAGCCACGGGCAUGUGCCCUCACGACAUUGCCACCACUCUGCAGCACCUCCGCAUGAUCGACAAGAGGGAUGGCAGAUUUGUUAUCAUUAGAAGAGAGAAGUUGAUACUGGGCCACAUGGAAAAGCUGAAAAGCUGUUCCCGGUCCCAUGAGCUUGAUCCAGAGAGCCUGAGGUGGACCCCAAUUUCAACCUCUAACGCCGCGGUUUCUGAAGAAGAGCGAGAAGCUGAGAAAGAGGCUGAGCGGCUAAUGGAACAAGCUACCUGCUGGGAAAAGGAGGAGCAAGAGAUCCUGUCGUCUAGAACUAACAGUAGGCAAUCACCUGCAAAAGUACAAUCGAAAAAUAAAUAUUUGCAUUCCCCGGAGAGCCGGCCGGUGGCAGGGGACCGAGGGCAGCUGAUGGAGCUGUCCAGAGAGAGCAGUGAAGAAGAGGAGGAAGAGGAAGAGGAGGAGGAAGAGGAGGAAGAGGAGGAGGAGGAGGACGAGGAAGAAGAAGAAGAGGAAGAAGAAAAUAUUCAAAGCUCUCCUCCAAGAUUAACUAAGCCACAGUCAGUUGCCAUAAAGAGAAAGAGGCCUUUUGUGCUGAAGAAGAAAAGGGGUCGUAAACGCAGGAGGAUCAACAGCAGUGUAACAACUGAGACCAUUUCCGAGACGACGGAAGUGCUGAAUGAGCCCUUUGACAACUCGGACGAGGAGAGGCCGAUGCCGCAGCUGGAGCCUACCUGCGAGGUGGACGCGGAGGAGGACAGCGGGAGGCCGGUGCUGAGGAAGGCCCUCCAGCACCCGCCCGGCAAGAAGAAGCAGGCAGAGGAAGGGGGCGGAAGAGACAAUCAUUGCUUUAAGAGUGCCGACCCUUUCAGAAACAAUAUGGAUGAUGCAAAUAACUUGAAAGAAGGCAGUAGAGACAAUCCUGAACCUCUGAAGUGCAAACAAGUGUGGCCAAAAGGAUCGAAGCGCGGCCUCUCUAAGUGGCGGCCCAGCAAAGAAAGGAAGACGGGGUUCAAGCUGAACUUGUACACCCCUCCGGAGACGCCCAUGGAGCCGGACGACCAGGUGACGGUGGAGGAGCAGAAGGAGGCGCUGGAGGACAAGAGCAGCCCCAGCCCCACCAGGAUCGAGGAGGACGCCAAGGAGGCUGUGGAACCCCGGCUGCCUCGGGAUGAAGACAGAAAGGAGGACACGUGUGCCCCUGUGAGUCCCAAUAAGUCACCAGGCGAAGCACUGGAGGACGAUCCAAUCAAACCGGAGGAGGAUGAGGAGGAGGAGGAGGAGGAGGAAGAGGAAGAGGAGGAGGAAGAGGAAGAAGAAGAAGAAGGAAAUGUAGAAAAAGACCCAGGUGGUACCAGAAGUCAGGAAAAAGAGGAACCAGAAGCCUGCCUGGACAGAGAGGACCCUGAGCGUCUGGACGAUCCUGAGGAGGAGGAGGAAGAGGAGGAGCCGUCUCACAACGAGGGCCACGAUGCUGACGAUGAGGACGACAGCCACAUGGAGUCUACGGAGGCGGAGAAGGAGGAGCGCCCCAGGGAAGCUUUCAAAGAAGUGCUGGAGAGCCAGGAGGCUUUUUUAGACCUUAGUGCCCCAGCCGGCCACGCAAACCCAGAGGUCUUAAUGGGCUGUGACGUGGACCUCGCCGCUGCGUGCGACAGCGAGCCUAAGGAGCUUGCCGCGGACCCCGAGACGGCGCCCGAGUCUGACGAGGAGCCCCCCGACCAGCAGGCGCAGAAACAGGACCAAAAGCACAGCGAUGACGCCGAUCCCGAGCUCAAAGAGGCAAGCGCGGCAGCCAUGGAAAUCGACUCCGAGACCGUGCAGGCCGUGCAGUCUCUGACCCAGGAGAACGGCGAGCAGGAGGACACCUUCCAGGACUGUGCCGAGACCCAGGAGGCCUGCAGGAGCCUGCAGAACUACGCCCACCCAGACCAAAGCCCGCAGAUCGCGGCCGCGCUGGACGACUGCCAGCAGUCAGACCACAGCAGCCCCGUCUCCUCCGUCCACUCCCACCCCGGCCAGUCGGUGCGUUCCGUCAGCAGCCCCAGCGUCCCUGCCCUGGAGAACAGCUACGCCCAAAUCAGCCCGGACCAGAGCGCCAUCUCGGUGCCAUCGCUGCAGAACAUGGAAACCAGCCCCAUGAUGGACGUCCCGUCGGUGUCCGACCACUCGCAGCAGGUGGUGGACAGCGGGUUCAGCGACCUGGGCAGCAUCGAGAGCACCACGGAGAACUACGAGAACCCGAGCAGCUACGACUCCACGAUGGGCGGCAGCAUCUGCGGCAGCGGCUCUUCCCAGAACAGCUGCUCCUACAGCAGCCUGACCUCCAGCAACCUGACGCAGAGCAGCUGCGCCGUCACCCAGCAGAUGUCCAGCAUGAGCGGGAGCUGCAGCCUGCUGCAGCAGCCCGGCAUCAGCUCGCCCCCCACCUGCAGCGUCAAGUCCCCGCAGGGCUGCGUGGUGGAGCGGCCCCCGAGCGGCAGCCAGCAGCUGGCCCCGUGCAGCAUGGCCGCCAACUUCAGCCCGCCCAUGCAGCUGGCCGACAUCCCCGAGGCCGGCAACGCCAACCUCGGCCUGUACGAGCGGAUGGGCCAGAGCGAUUUCGGGGCCGGCCACUACCCGCAGCCGUCCGCCACCUUCAGCCUCGCCAAACUGCAGCAGUUAACCAACACCCUCAUCGACCAUUCAUUGCCUUACAGCCACUCCGCUGCUGUGACUUCCUAUGCAAACAGUGCCUCUCUGUCCGCCCCGCUCAGCAACCCGGGGCUCGUCCAGCUCUCCCAGUCUCCGCACUCCGUCCCCGGGGGACCCCAAGCACAAGCCACCAUGACCCCGCCCCCCAACCUGACCCCUCCUCCGAUGAACCUGCCGCCGCCCCUCCUGCAGCGGAACAUGGCUGCUGCGUCCAACAUCGGCAUCUCCCACAGCCAAAGACUGCAGACCCAGAUCGCCAGCAAGGGCCACGUCUCCAUGAGAACCAAAUCGGCGUCCCUGUCCCCGGCCGCCGCCGCCGCCGCCGCCGCCGCCGCCGCCGCCGCCGCGGCCACCCACCAGCCGCAGAUCUACGGGCGCUCGCAGAGCGUGGCCAUGCAGGGCCCCGCGCGGACCCUGGCCAUGCAGCGCGGCAUGAACAUGAGCGUGAACCUGAUGCCGGCCCCCGCCUACAACGUCAACUCCGUGAACAUGAACAUGAACACGCUCAACGCCAUGAACGGGUACAGCAUGUCCCAGCCGAUGAUGAACAGCGGCUACCACGGCAACCACGGCUACAUGAACCAGACGCCCCAGUACCCGAUGCAGAUGCAGAUGGGCAUGAUGGGGACCCAGCCAUACGCCCAGCAGCCCAUGCAGACCCCGCCCCACGGCAACAUGAUGUACACGGCCCCCGGGCACCACGGCUACAUGAACACGGGCAUGUCCAAGCAGUCUCUCAAUGGGUCCUACAUGAGAAGGUAG